ACAGAACCACCUGGAAAACAAAGAGAGAUCCACAUUAGAACACACAGUUCAUACAGAAAGUCUUAAAGUUAUAUAUAUUUUGAAAUAUUUCUAAACUUUUCAACAACAAUGCCCGCUCACGUGGACCUAACCCUGGAGGAGAUGACCAGGAUUGCCCUGGGUGUUCCCGAGCUGACCCAUGUAAACGUAGCUGUCCUCCACAGCCUCUUGAAUGUGCUGCUCAAGAAGCUCAACUGCCAGAAUGAUGUGGUCAGGAUCAGUGGCUUCGAGGGCAAGUGCAUGGAGCGCAUCCUCGAGCAGUCUAAGAUCUCGCCACUGCCCUUCGACGUGGAGGCAGUGGUGCCCAUUUCCGAGCAGCUGGACAAGGUCCAAGAGCUGGAGCAGCGCAUCAAGCAGUUGGAGUGCAAGUUGGAGUGCCACUUCCAGCAGAUUCGCAUUUGCAACAAGGCCAAGGACAAGAAGUACAAGAUCCACCUGGCCGAACAGUAUGCAUCCCCCUGCGAGGAUCUGUGCACCGUUUGCGAUGAGGACAACAAGAUUGCCUGCAGCCUGCUCGCCAACAUGGACUUCAUGAAGAAACUAAUGCGCCGCAUAGCCACUCCGAUCCUGAACCAAAUGGAGGAGGUCAGCCAGAAGCUGGAAAGAUUCUACAUCACUCUCAAGAACUUCCUCAAGCAAACCGAGGAUCUCUUCAAGCGCUUGGAAAUAGUCAAACAGUGUGUGGUGGAGAUCGAAAACCUAAGGUCUUUGGUUCAGGAGUACAAUCUCACUUUCCUGGGCACCAUGGAGGAACUUCAGGACAUGCUGGACAGCAAGUUGGAUAAAGUCCACAUGCCGGCUUUGAAGAAGUAUAUACGCGAUCGUUUUGAUGACAUCGAUCGGCGUUUGAGAUUGAUUGAGGAGAAGGAUGCCUGUCCCAGGGCUGCUGGCUUCAUCAACAAUGGCUUGUGCUGCCUAUCCUGUAAUAAUCCCAAUGUGGGUGUCGAUGUGGGUCCCCAGACCAUGGGCGUUUUCCCCGAUGCCCCUGUGAGGAAUAUGCCCCUUUUGCCCACUGCACCGCCGAUCAAUUGUCAAAAGACCGUGGUCUGCCGAUCCGUGGAGAAGGAACCCACUCUGAUGGUGCGGGUUAACAAUCUCGACCUGAGUGUCCUCGCCCAUCGACUCAAUCGUCCUGCCAAGGGCAAGGUCUGCAAAUUGCCCGAAGCCAAUGACGCCAUCUACGGCGUUCGCAAUUCCUGUGUUUCCGGUUAGUUACCACUCCGUUUUACUAGUCCCAAUCCAAAUCGAUGCGUUUAAGCAAUAAAGCAUAAAGUUAUGAGUGUGCGGACCCCCCCUCAAGACUGUUUCCGUUAAGCCGCAUAAAAA